AUGGAGAAUUCAGAAGAGGAAAAAGAGCGUAAGAGGGACAAGGUAGGAGAAUUCAUGAAAAAGAGCUUGAACAAGGGUGAACUCGCUCUCAAGCAUGCUGUGGGUCUUGGGGGUCAGCCAAAUGUGGUCCCUGUGACGCAACCUGUCGUCCAUGGACCAUCUCGACCAGUUGAAGUUGGCUGGCAUCCAGUUGGUGGUUUCGCGGGGAAGUGGUUCGCUGAAGAGACUGGAUUGGGUAAAAUGAUUACUGAGAAGAUUAACAAAUAUCCGGAUCCGACACAACAUUGGGCAGUAUUAGUUGGUGACUAUGCUCAUCAGCUAUGGAUGGACGAAAAUUUCGAUGUCAUUUAUACAAAUGCCAAAGUUAACCGAGAUGAGUGGCGCACUUUUCCAGUUGGAGAGACGCGGUUUAAUGAUGAUGCACUCAGAAGAGCUGGCGAGUCUGUAAUUCAAAGCAUCAGGGAAAGGCAGCCCACUUACAACCUCAUCACCAACAAUUGUCAGACAUAUGUGCUGCAACUACUCGAUGCCAUCAAGGUUGGUGUGAACAAAGAGUUUGGCACAACGCUAGCCGUCUACGAGAGGGUCUUUGGCCCAGGGAAGAUUAAAGAUCUAUUCGACGGUGAAGGUGAAGAUGAAGAAACAUCUGAGGGACAUCAGCAGCAGCAAAUAGAGCCAGGACAAGAGGCAGGACCUGGAAGGUCGGAUACGGUCAACCUAGCACAGGAUGUCAUGAACCAGAACACGACUCAGCUCGACACAGAAAGGGAGAUGGAGAGACAUGAGGAUGAGAAGGAGGAGAAGAAGAAGAAGGGUUUCUUCUCCCAUUUCAAGACUAGAUCGUGGUCUUCGAAAAGUUAA